AUGAACAGCCCUAUCGAUACCACGCCGCCGACCUCCCCAUCCAUCAAUCAUGCUAUGAUGGAAACUCAAAUUCCCUCUGUAGUACGCACCGAGCUCACCGCUAGCUGUCCCGGACUACAAGCAUCGCCUGCCGUUGUCCGGGAUUGGUUCCGAACCUAUCUCUUCUACCGGGGCCUCAAUCCCGACACGGCCGACAACUUUUUCUGGAGGGGGAUAGAGCUGCACAGGGCUUCGAUCUUGGAGUUUCGGGAGGCGUUCGCCACGCACUGCGGCUUGCAGUACUGGGAGGCCAAUAUCUUGGCCUACGAUAUAUUUAGGAUUCUUCAGAGACAGAUACCUCCACCCAGGCGUACAUUCUUUCAGAUGUAUGUCGAAUUCAUCCUAGAACAUGAUUACUACCUUCAACUUAUGUUUUACACCCGGAGCCUCGAUUUUCCCGAUUAUAUGGCAGGCGUUUACGCAUGGGCUUGCUUCGUGAUCGGACAUAUCGUUGCAAUACUUGUAGCAUGGAUCGCUGCCGCGAUUAUCAUGACCUACUAA